AUGGAUCAUUUCAACGCCAACAAUGAUGAAGAAUUUGAAGUGAAGUAUUUUGUGAGUGAGAAGUACUUAGAUGGGACAGAUUUGCAUUCACCACUAUUUGUGAUGUUAGGUGGUGAAGGUCCCGAGUCGAGUAAGACUCUCGACAAUCACUAUAUCAUCGAUACCUUAGCUGCACGUACCAACGGGUUAAUGUUAGCGAUCGAGCAUCGUUUCUAUGGAGAUUCGACUCCUUCAUUAAAGAUGGACAAAUUGAUUUAUUGCACCGCGGAACAAGCUAUGAUGGAUUAUAUAGAGAUCAUCACAUACAUUCAAGAAACUCGUAAUUUCAUCGAUCACCCUGUUAUUGUGAUUGGUGGGUCAUACAGUGGAAAUUUGGCUGCUUGGAUGCGCCAGAAAUAUCCGAAUGUAGUCGACGGAGCUUGGGCAUCAAGUGCCCCUGUUGAAGCCCAAGUCGAUUUCUAUCAAUACUUGGAAGUCGUCCAGGCCGGUCUUCCUGCAAACACCGCGGACCUACUUUCUAUUGCUUUUGAGAAGUGGGACCAGAUGACCGUCACAGAAAGUGGCCGUAAAGAACUCAAAAAAGUGUUUAACACGUGUACCGAUUUUGGUGAGGAUGACAUUCAAACGUUUGCAGAGACUAUUGGAACAGCUUUGGCGGG